AAUACGCCCCUUUUCCAGAGCUCUGCUGCGAGUCCAGCCGACCCCGAGCGGUGGGGGCGGAGGAGGCGGGGAGAAGCUGGCGGGCGCCCGGAAGGAAGGCGGGGGAGCCGGGAGAGACACGGCGAGGGGGUUGACCAGCCGCCCGGGACACUCACAUUUCGGGUGUUCAGAUUUGCUGGACUGACUGAAGAAACAUGGAUUCUACUCCAGUAAAUACCGAAUUCUCUUCAACAGAAAAUAAGACCCAGAAUUUACUUAGUCAUGCAAGAAUCCUUACUGUGGAAGAGAUUGAAAAUAUCAGUCAACGAUGUAAAGAAGAAAGCUUCUGGUACAGAGCGCUUCCUCUAUCCUUUGGAAGUAUGCUUAUUACUCAAGGACUAAUUACUAAAGGGAUUAUCAAGACUGCUUCUUUGAAUACAGUAGUGGUUGUUGGUGUUUUGGCAUUUUUUGCUGGGAAAAUGUUAUACGUUAAAAAAUGUAUCCAGAGGUAUGGAAGUCUUCUUGUGCCAUUUGGACCAGAACAGAAGAGGAAAUAUUCUCCUACAGAUGAAGAAGGCAAAGUAAAUCCUCAAAUGAAAAAAACAGAUACUUCUGAUUCUUAAAACAAGCACACAUUACCAAAAUUAAUAUUUUACUCAAUGUUAAUGUAUUCUCCACUCUGUGUGAAUAUACUGUACAGAAUUAUGAUGAAUAUUGGAAUAAAAUGAUUAUUUUUGUGUAUUAGUACAAGGGUCCCCAACCCCCGGUCUGUGGACCAGUACCGGGCCGUGGCAUGCCAGCAACUGGGCUGCACAAACAAGCAAAGCCCCAUCCACGAGAUGCAGGCAGCAUACAAAACCACGCACCCUCUGGUCCGCCGAAAAAUCUCUCUCUAGUGCCCAAAGGUUUGGGGACCUUUGUGUUAGAAAAUCUGCUUAUUUUCGCUAAAUACAGAGAAUUCUCAUUACUUGCAGUAUUCGUGUUCUGUAAAAUUGCCGCGAAUACUGAAUUAGCAAAUGCUGAAGCGUCAGCUGGGAAUACGUGCAUCAGGUGAUUCAAAUGAUUUGCUGCUCUGCUUGUCUGUAAAUAAAUGUAUAAGUGAGUACUGA